AUGAAGCUUUCAUGGCAUAAUCUUACUUACACUGUUAAGACCAAAAGCAGAGUCUAUAAGAACUCCAACUCCAAAGAGAAAACCAUACUCAAACUUCAAAGUGGCUCCAUCAAACCAGGCCACGCCUGCUUCAUCAUGGGCUCAUCUGGUGCUGGUAAAACCACUCUUCUUAACGCUCUCUGUGACCGCCUCACCAACUCGAAGCCUGCUAAGCUUCAGGGGCAAGUCCUUAUAAAUGACACACACUCUGUUAGACAGAGCAGCUUCGGUAAAUAUGGAGCAUAUGUGAUGCAAGACGACGUGUUGUUUCCGACACUGACUUGUGAAGAAGUUAUUACAUUCUCAGCUAGACUCAAGCUCAUAUUGCCACCACAUCAGAUCUCUGCCAGAGUGGACACAAUCAUCGAAGACCUGGGCCUCAACAAUUGUAGACACACUUUCAUUGGCAAUCAGCUAAUCAAGGGUUUGAGUGGCGGGGAGCGCAAACGCACAGCCAUUGGCAUUGAACUGGUGACAGACCCUCAGAUUUUGUGACUAGACGAGCCUACUUCAGGCCUAGACAGCUUCACAGCUCAUAAGAUCAUUAAACUGCUGGUAAGCCAGGCAAAGCUAGGCAAGACUGUCGUAGCCACCAUUCAUCAACCAAGCUCCCAAACAUUUGGGCUCUUUGACAAACUUAUCCUACUCAUGGAUGGCCACCAGAUAUAUCAGGGUGCUGCCAGUCAGUCUGUUGAGUACUUCGAAUCAAUUGGCUUUAGCGUUCCAAGCUAUUCAAACCCAGCAGACUACUUUCUACAAAAAUUCUACAUGCCAUUCAACAAGUCAGAGGAGGACGUCCGCACUCUGGAAAUCUUAACGGAGGCUUAUAAAACCAAGCUCUCAGAUAAACGGAAUGAUCAAACAAAUCAGGGAGAGUGAUACCGGUCUCGAAGAAGCCGAUAUUAAUGAGUUCAAAGAAUACCAUAGUUCUGUCUCAUUUUGAACUGAGCUGAGGGAGUU